AUGUCCAAAUCAAAGACCUGCUUUGGCUACCCGUUGAGCAUCUUCUUCAUCGUGGUCAAUGAGUUCUGUGAAAGAUUUUCCUACUAUGGCAUGAGAGCCCUCCUGAUUCUGUACUUCAGGAAUUUCAUCGGAUGGGAUGACAACCUGUCCACAGCCAUCUACCACACCUUCGUGGCUCUGUGCUACCUGACGCCAAUUCUCGGAGCGCUCAUCGCCGACUCCUGGCUGGGAAAGUUCAAGACAAUCGUGUCGCUCUCCAUUGUGUACACCAUCGGACAAGCCGUCAUCUCAGUGAGCUCCAUCGCCGACCUCACAGGCCAAGACAACGAUGGGAAGUCUCUUAACAUUUCUGUUCACGUGGCACUGUCCAUGAUUGGCUUGGCCCUGAUAGCUCUUGGUACAGGAGGAAUAAAGCCCUGUGUGUCUGCUUUUGGUGGAGAUCAGUUUGAAGAGGGCCAGGAACAACAAAGAAACCGAUUCUUUUCCAUCUUUUAUUUGGCCAUCAAUGCGGGAAGUUUGCUUUCUACUAUCAUCACCCCCAUCCUCAGAGUUCAAACGUGUGGAAUCCACAGCCAACAAGCUUGCUACCCAUUGGCAUUUGGGGUUCCUGCUGCUCUGAUGGCUGUAUCUCUGAUUCUUAACAGCAUCAAUCUUCAGUUUGCCAUCAAAAAUCGGUUCAGGCAUCGGAGCAAGAAGUUUCCCAAGAGGGAGCACUGGCUGGACUGGGCCACAGAGAAGUACGAUAACCGGCUUAUCUCGCAAAUUAAGAUGGUUACGAAGGUGAUGUUCCUCUACAUUCCUCUCCCCAUGUUCUGGGCACUGUUUGACCAGCAGGGCUCACGAUGGACGCUGCAAGCAACAGCCAUGAGUGGGAAAAUUGGAAUUAUUGAAAUUCAACCAGAUCAGAUGCAGACCGUGAAUGCCAUCCUGAUCGUCAUCAUGGUCCCCAUUGUGGAUGGUGUGGUCUAUCCUCUGAUUGCCAAGUGUGGUUUCAAUUUCAGCUCCUUGAAGAAGAUGACUGUAGGAAUGUUCCUGGCUUCCAUGGCCUUUGUAGUGGCUGCCAUUGUACAAGUGGAAAUUGAUAAAACUCUGCCAGUCUUCCCCCAAGGACAUGAAAUCCAACUUCAGGUAUUGAAUAUAGGAAAUAAUGACAUGAACGUAUCAUUUUCUGGAGAAAGCGCAGUAUUUAGCCCAUUGACUAAGAAAAGCGAAUUCAGGACUUUUAAUAUAGACACACUGCCAAAUAUAAGCAUUGUCUCUAAAGGGCUUCAAGACACUCCAGUAAUUCAUACCUUUGAGCCCAGCCAUCGCUACACCCUUCUGGUGUGGGACCCGAACUCUUACCGAGUGGUAAAGGAUGGCCUUACUAAGAAACCAGAGAAAGGAGAAAAUGGAAUCAGAUUUGUCAAUACUUUCAAUGAUAACAUCACCGUUGUGAUGGAUGGGAAAGUUUAUAAUAAUAUCAAUACUAAUAAUGCCAGCGAAUAUCAGUUUUUUCCUUCUGGCGUAAAAAACAUCAACAUAAGCUCAUCAGCUAUUCCGCCAACCUGUACAAAGGAGUUUUCAUCUUCCAGCCUUGAAUUUGGCAGUGCAUAUACCUACAUAAUUGUGAGGCAGAGUGAUGGCUGCCCCAAGAUAGAAGAAGUUGAAGACAUUGCACCCAACACGGUGAACAUGGCUCUGCAGAUCCCCCAGUACUUCCUUCUCACGUGUGGAGAAGUAGUCUUCUCGGUCACCGGACUGGAAUUCUCGUAUUCACAGGCUCCUUCCAACAUGAAGUCGGUGCUGCAAGCAGGAUGGCUGUUGACCGUGGCUGUUGGCAACAUCAUUGUGCUGAUUGUGGCAGGGGCGGGCCAGUUCAGCGAGCAGUGGGCGGAGUACAUUCUGUUCGCUGCAUUGCUUCUGGCCGUCUGCAUCAUAUUUGCCAUCAUGGCUCGAUUUUAUACGUACGUCAAUCCGGCCGAGAUCGAAGCUCAAUUUGAUGAGGAGGAGGAGGAGGCGGAGGAGAAGAAGAAGAACUUUGAAAAGCAUAACCAGUAUGGUGUAAAGGAGCCCACCUCACAGACCCAGAUGUGAAGGGCCAGAGCCCGGAGGAGGAGAGACUGGAUGCAGACACACUGACUUCUGGCCCCAGCUGGUAGGACAGGCCAUGGCCGUGGCCCUUGAUGGGCACCAUUGCAAAACGUUGCCCAAACCAAGUCAGCAGUGAGCAUCAAACUUUGGAAGAGUCUUUUUUCUUUUCUUUUCUUUUCUUUUCUUUCUUUCUGUCUUUUUUAAAAAAAGAGAACUCUUAUUUAAAACUCAGCCCUUUUACAGCACCGACUGUGUACUUUACAUCUCACCCCCUUCCAUCUCACAAAGAAUAAAGUCAUUGGACGGAGGUUUUUGAGAAGUCAA